CAAGGAGGGAUGUGGGAGCUGCCACGCGCUGGCGGGACACCGGGAGGCCAGAGGCAGUCUGCGCGCCACCACUUCUGGUCCCUUCGCUGUUUCCAAAGUCGACCCUCCCUCCUCCGGUCUGCGGUCUGCGCUACACUCCCUCCGGUGCGCUCUGUGCACAGGGCUUGGAAAGUGCAGGUUUGGGGAAGGCGUGGAAGUUUCCCUGAGAUGAAUGUCUGAGGUUCUAGCUUGUCUCAACUGCUCCAGAUCACAGCUGGCUGGUAGAGAGAUUUGAAUGCAUGAUGUGGUGAAAACCCAAGUCUGACCUGCCUAUUCUGCUGGUAACAACAACAGUGGCCUUGACAACAGCAGAGGGGAGCACCUGCUCACAGUUAAGUGCUCAAGUUUCAACUUGGAUAUUUUUCAGAUGAGAAUAUGAAAAUGCUGCUGAUUUUGUUCCUUGUAACAAUGUGUUUCCAAGUUUCUGCAAGCCAAGAUUCUGCCCCUGAGUACGCAGACGUGGUGUUUCUGGUGGACAGUUCCAACCACCUGGGAGCUAAGUCUUUCCCUCACAUGAGAACCUUCAUCAACAAAAUGAUCAGCAGCCUCCCCAUCGAGGCCAGCAAGUACCGUGUGGCCCUGGCCCAGUACAGUGAUUCGCUCCACAAUGAGUUCCAGCUGAGCACCUUCAAGAGCAGGAACCCCAUGUUGAACCACCUCAAGAAGAACUUCACGUUCCUGGGGGGCUCCCUGCGCAUUGGGAAUGCUCUCCGGGAGGCUCACAGGACCUAUUUCUCCAGACCCACGAAUGGCAGAGACAAGAAGCAGUUUCCCCCAAUUCUGGUGGUCCUGGCUUCAGCUGAGUCCGAGGAUGACGUGGAAGAGGCUGCCAAGGCCCUGCGGGAGGACGGGGUGAGGAUCGUCUCAGUGGGGAUGCAGAGGGCUUCUGAGGAGAACUUGCGGGCCAUGGCCACAGGCCAGUUUCACUUCAAUCUUCGGACAGUCAGAGACCUCAGCACAUUCUCCCAGAACAUGACACAGAUCAUCAAGGAGGCGGCUCAGUACAGGGAAGGCGCGACCGAUGAUGCUCUUGUAGAAGUGUGCCAGGGCUCUUCUGUGGCCGACCUUGUGUUCCUGUUGGAUGUGGCCAUCAAUGGCAGCCAGGAGAACUUCGACUCUCUCAAAGCAUUCCUGGAAGGAAGCGUGUCUGUUCUUGACAUAAAAGAGCACUGCAUGAGGAUUGGCCUUGUGGCCUACAGCAACGAGACCAAGGUGAUAAGUUCACUGAGCCAGGGUGUGAAUAAGUCACAAGUUCUGCAGUAUAUACAGGACCUCUCACCCCAGGUCGGGCUGGCCCACACCGGAGCUGCCAUCAGAAAUAUCAGGAAGGAGGUUUUCAGCACACAGAACGGCAGCCGGAAGAACCAAGGGGUGCCGCAGAUUGCCGUGCUGGUGACCCACAGGCCCUCCGAGGACAAUGUGACCAAGGCCGCCUCGAACCUCCGGCGCCAGGGCGUGACCGUGUUCACCUUGGGCGUGGAGGGCGCCAGUGAUGCCCAGCUGGAAAGGAUCGCCUCCCACCCGGCGGAGCAGUUCGUCUCCAUGCUCGAGAACUUCUCCGACCUGGCUGCUCACAACCAGACGUUUCUGAAGAAGCUGCGGAACCAAAUCGCGCACAUGGUCUCUGUCUUUUCAGAGCGGACUGAGACCCUCAAAUCUGGUUGUGUGGACACUGAAGAAGCGGACAUCUAUCUGCUUAUUGAUGGCUCUGGGAACACCCAGGACACAGACUUCCAGGAAAUGAAGGCCUUCCUGUCAGAGGUGGUGAGGAUGUUCAACAUUGCUCCCCACAAGGUGCGGGUGGGGGCCGUCCAGUAUGCAGACAGCUGGGACUUGGAAUUUGCUAUCCACAAGUACGCAAACAAGCAGGCCCUGGGAAAGGCCAUAGAGAACAUCAGGCAGAUGGGUGGGAACACAAACACAGGUGCGGCCCUGAACUUCACGCUGGGUCUGCUGCAAAAAGCAAAGAAGCAGCGAGGAAACAAAGUGCCUAGCCAUCUCGUGGUCCUGACGAAGGGCACGUCCCAGGAUGGUGUGUUGGAGCCUGCAAAUAGACUGAGAGAAGAGCACAUCCGCGUUUAUGCCAUCGGGGUCAAGGAGGCCAACCAGACGCAGCUGCGAGAAAUUGCAGGCGAGGAAAAGAGGGUUUACUAUGUGCAUGACUUUGACGCCUUGAAAGACAUUAGAAACCAAGUGGUUCAAGAAAUCUGUGCCGAAGAAGCCUGCAAAGAGAUCAAAGCUGAUAUCAUGUUUCUGGUGGACAGUUCUGGUAGCAUAGGACCUGAAAACUUCAGCAAAAUGAAGACAUUUAUGAAAAACCUGGUGAGCAAAUCUCAGGUUGGAGCAAAUCGGGUGCAAAUCGGUGUCGUCCAGUUCAGUGACAUCAACAAGGAGGAGUUCCAGCUCAACAGAUACGUGACCCAAAGUGAAAUUUCAGAUGCAAUAGAGGCCAUGGCCCUCAUCGGAGAAACCACCAUGACUGGCGGUGCUCUCACCUUUGUGUCCCAGUACUUCAGCCCUGCCAAGGGGGCCCGGCCCAACGUUAGGAAGUUUCUCAUCCUCAUCACAGACGGUGAAGCUCAUGACAUAGUCAAGGACCCAGCUGCAGCACUUCGACAAGAAGGCAUCAUUAUCUACUCAGUGGGAGUGUUUGGCUCCAAUGUCACGCAGCUUGAGGAGAUCAGUGGGAGGCGGGAGAUGGUUUUCUAUGUUGAGAAUUUUGACAUCCUGCAGCACAUUGAAGAUGACCUGUUUUUUGGAAUUUGCAGCCCCCGUGAAGAAUGCAAGCGGAUUGAAGUUCUAGAUGUUGUAUUUGUUAUCGACAGCUCUGGCAGCAUUGACCAUGAUGAAUAUAGUAUCAUGAAGGACUUUAUGAUUGACUUGGUGAAAAAAGCUGAUGUGGGCAAGAAUCAAGUCCGGUUUGGGGCUCUGAAGUACUCCGAUGAUGCAGAGGUGCUGUUUCAUCUGAACAGAUUUGACACAAAAUUGGAGGUGAUCUCAGUGCUCCAGAAUGACCAGCCCAAGGGGGGCAACACUUACACUGCCAAGGCAUUGAAUUUCUCAAAUCACAUGUUCACAGAAGCUCAGGGCAGCCGCCUGAACAAGGGGGUCCCCCAAGUCCUCAUUGUCAUCACCGAUGGGGAAUCCCAUGAUGCGGACGCCCUCAAUGCCACAGCCAAGGCCCUGCGGGACAAAGGCAUUCUUAUCCUGGCCGUGGGGAUUGCUGGUGCCAACCCGGUAGAGCUGCUGGCCAUGGCGGGGUCACGUGACAGAUAUUUCUUCGUGGAAACUUUUGGAGGCCUGAAGGGAAUAUUUUCAGAUGUGUCAGCCAGUGUGUGUAACUCUUCAAAAGUAGAUUGUGAAAUUGAAAAAGUAGAUCUUGUUUUCCUCAUGGACGGCUCAAAUAGCAUUCACCCAAAUGACUUCAAAAAGAUGAAGGAGUUCUUGGCCUCCAUCGUUGAAGACUUUGAUGUCAACAUCGACCGAGUGCGUGUCGGAGUGGCCCAGUUUAGUCAUACCUACCGGCAAGAGUUUCUGCUGGGAGCUUUCACAGGCAAAAAGGAAAUCUCAUUUCAGAUUGAAAACAUCCAGCAGAUCUAUGGGAACACACACAUCGGCGCUGCCCUCCAGCAGGUGGGGCAUUACUUCCUGCCAAACAGGGGCAGCCGGAUAAAUGCAGGUACCCCACAGGUGCUGCUGGUCCUCACGGAUGGCCAGUCCCAGGACGAGGUGGCGGAGGCCGCGGAGGACCUGAGACACAAAGGAGUCGACAUCUACUCCGUGGGCAUUGGGAACGUAGAUGACCAGCAGCUCAUGCAGAUCACCGGCACCGCAGAAAAGAAGCUGACCGUUCACAACUUUGACGAACUGAAAAAGGUCAAGAAAAGGAUAGUUCGCAACAUCUGUACCUCGGGAGGAGAGAGCAAUUGUUUCGUGGACGUGGUGGUGGGAUUUGACAUCUCAACUCAGCAGAGUGGCCAGACUCUCCUUGAAGGUCAGCCUUGGAUGCAAACCUACCUACUAGACAUCUUACGUGCCAUCAGCUCCCUCAAUGGGGUGAGCUGUGAAGUGGGCACUGAGACGCAGGUUAGUGUGGCCUUUCAAGUGACCAAUGCCAGGGACAAGUUUUCACCCAAGUUUGAGAUCUACAGUGAAAACAUAUUGAACAGCUUGAAGGAUGUGGCAGUGAAAGGACCAUCUCUUCUCAAUGUACACCUCCUCGGUUCCCUGUGGGAUGCAUUUCACAAUAAAUCAGCCGCCCGAGGAAAGGUGGUUCUUUUAUUUUCGGAUGGGUUGGACGAAGAUAUUGAAAAACUAGAGCAGAAAUCUGAAGAACUUAGAAAAGAAGGCCUGAACGCCCUCCUGACGGUUGCUUUGGAUGGAGCCACCGAUUCAAGUGACCUGUCUGAUCUUAUCUACAUUGAAUUUGGGAAAGGCUUUGAGUACAGGACCCAGCACACCCUUGGAAUGAGGGAUCUGGGGAGCCAGCUGUCAACGCACCUGGUCAAUGUUGCUGAGAGGACGUGCUGCUGUUUGUUCUGCAAGUGCAUUGGGGGAGAAGGCACGAUGGGAGAUCGUGGACCACCGGGGAAAAAGGGACCCCUAGGUUUUAAAGGCAGUGAAGGCCACCUGGGAGAGGAGGGCACUGCAGGAGAGAGGGGAGCUACUGGACCUAUGGGAGAGCCAGGUACUAAGGGAUGCUCUGGUGCCAAAGGCCCUAAGGGAAACAGGGGACUAAAUGGACAAGAGGGAGAUGUUGGGGAAAGCGGAAUUGAUGGAUUAAAUGGAGAACAGGGUGACAGUGGCCUUCCUGGAGGAAAAGGAGAAAAGGGUGAUGAAGGAACCCAGGGAAGCCCAGGAAAGAGAGGGAUUUCUGGUGACCAUGGACCAAAGGGCCUUCGAGGAGACCCUGGAGUUCCUGGAUUUGACAGUAACAUAGAAGGACCCAAGGGCUUGAAAGGAGAACAUGGAAGACAAGGUAGAAGAGGCUGGCCAGGCCCCCCUGGAACUCCAGGCUCCAGAAGAAAGACAGCAGUUCGUGGCCAAAGGGGACUGUCAGGACCCCAGGGGGAACCAGGCAUUCCAGGCCCAGAAGGGCUGGAAGGCUCACUCGGCUUUAAGGGCCCUCAGGGUCCAAGAGGAGAAGCUGGUGUCAAAGGAGAAAAAGGAGGUUUGGGAAGUAAAGGUCCCCAGGGGCCUCCAGGACCAGAAGGAGGGGCAGGGAGUCAAGGCCAUUUGGGAAGCCAAGGAAAUAAAGGUGAACCUGGAGACCUGGGAGAAAAAGGAGCUAUCGGCCUUCCUGGCCUUCGAGGCUUGCCGGGUGGUGACGGCAGCCCGGGCUAUGGGGGAAUGGGGAGUAAAGGAGCCAAGGGGCAAGAAGGAUUUCCUGGAGAAAGUGGACCUAAGGGUGAAAUUGGGGACCCUGGUGGUCCAGGAGAAACCGGGCCUAAAGGAGUGAGAGGCAAGAUGACAUCUGCUGGGCUUCCAGGAGAGCAGGGAUCCCCUGGGGAGCAAGGACCUCCUGGACGCAAGGGUGUGAAAGGGACCAAAGGACUGGCUUCAUUUUCCACAUGUGAGCUCAUUCAGUAUGUGCGGGACCAGAGACCUGGCGGACAUGGGAAGCCAGAAUGCCCCGUGCACCCAACCGAGUUGGUGUUCGCUUUAGAACAGUCCCGGGGUGUCACCAAGCAGGACUUUGAGCGGAUGAAGAGGAUGGUGUCCUCCGUGCUGAGGAACAUGAGGGUCCGGGAGAACAGCUGCCCUGUGGGCGCCCGCGUCGCCAUCCUCUCCUACAACUCCCACACCAGGCACCUCAUCCGCUUCUCAGACACCUACAGGAAGAAGCGCCUGCUCAGGGAAGUCGAGGCCCUCCCCUAUGAGGAGUCCUCAGACGGCGGGGAGAUUGGCAAAGCAAUGAGGUUUAUUUCCAGGAAUGUCUUCAAGCGCACGCUUCCCGGGGCUCACACCAGGAGAAUCGCCACGUUUUUCAGCAGCGGUCAGUCUGCUGAUGCCCAGGCCAUCACCACAGCCACCAUGGAGUUCAGCGCCCUUGACAUUGUUCCGGUGGUGAUCGCCUUCAGCAACGUGCCCUCCAUCAAGCGCGCCUUUGCGAUCGACGACACUGGCACAUUCCAAGUUAUAAUGGUUCCAUCGGGGGCUGACCACACACCAGCGCUAGAGAGACUACAACUGUGCACAUUCUGCCACGAUGUGUGCAACCCAGAUGCUUCUUGCCAGGAAGCCCGACCACCCACCCUGCAGUCCUAUGUGGAUGCCGCCUUCCUUCUGGACAGCUCCCGGCAGGUGGGCAGUGCUGACUUCGAAGACAUAAGAGACUUCCUGGUGGCCCUGUUGGAUCACUUUGAAGUGGCUGAGGAGCCAGAGACCUCUAUCACUGGAGACCGGGUGGCCCUCGUGAGUCACGCCCCCCCCAACUUCCGGCCCAACACGCGCACGAGCCCUGUUAGAACCGAGUUCAACCUCACCACCUACUGCAGCCAGCGCCUCAUGAAGAGGCACGUGGAAGCGUCGGUCCAGCAGCUCAACGGUGAUGCUUUCAUCGGCCACGCCCUGCGGUGGACUCUGGACAAUGUCUUUUUAAACACGCCCAAUCUGAGGAGAAACAGAGCCAUAUUUGUGAUAUCUGCUGGGGAGACCAGUCCCUUAGACAGGGAGACCUUGAAGAAAGAAUCUUUGCGAGCCAAAUGUCAAGGAUAUGCCCUAUUUGUGUUUUCCCUUGGGCCUGCUUGGAAUGAUAAGGAGCUGGAAGAUCUCGCCAGCUCCCCUCUGGAUCAACACUUAGUCCAGCUUGGCCGAAUUCAUAAACCUGACCACAGAUACGGUGUGAAGUUUGUGAAGUCCUUUGUGAACUCGCUCAGGCGUGCAAUCAACAAAUAUCCACCAAUAAACUUCAAAACAAGGUGCAGUAGAAUCAGCUUGACAGACCCAAAGCAGCCCCCACGGCAGUUGCAAAGCUUUGUUCCUGGACCACAAAAAGCUGCUCUCAAAGGAGAUAUCUUUCGGAAGGCAAAAUUCUUUCAAGAUAAAAAAUUUCUUUCAAGAGUAGCAAGAGGCGGGAGAGUUGAUAUUGUUCAAAAAUUUGCCAGAAAUAUAUCUCAUGCCUUUAAAAAUGGGAAAAAAGUAAUAAAAACUGCUCCCAAAUGACAAUGAAAAAACCAAAAGCUCAAAGAAUUCUACCCUACAAAGCAUGGAAAGACUCCGAACUGAACUGAUUACACCGCACAAGUCUGGGCGACUCUGCCUGGGCCUGCUCUGGAGGCCGCCGGCCUAGGCUGCAGACUGCAGACUGCCGGCACCUUGCCGCCGACACUUUGCAUGAGGACGCCUCUUGCCCGUUUGCUUGACCACUCCUGCCAGUGGCAGCGGUCUAAAGCCAAUAGGCUCAAGAGCUGUUCUCGUUAAAAGAUGCCAAGAAUGAAGUGUUUUGAAAAGUCCUGAAGGUAAAUUUUAGUGUAUUCCCGUGUGUAACGCCGACUCUUCUGACAUCUCUCUGCAGGUGCCAGUCUCUGUCUCAGUCCACUUUCUGCAAACCAAGUCCUCUCUCCUAAUUUAGCAGUGCAGAGGCUCACCUAUUUAACUGCAGGUUAAUGUUUUGAAAGACCGCAACAUUUACUCCAGAAAGCGAUGCUGUUUGUAUGUCAUGAUUAGAAAAUUUGACUUUCAUUCUUUAUUCCACUUAAUUCCACCACUGUCUCUGAAUGGAUGGGCUAGUCCAACGCGGGGCUUAUGCUGGAAGAUUCCUCCCACCUUCUGCGUGUUUGCUUGGACCAGGUGAGAAGCAGAGGGCAAUUUUCCCCUCCUUACUUGAGAAAAAGUCAUCAUUUUCCCCAGAAUAGAAAUUGCUUUUUAGCCGUAAGUUCCAUCUUCAUUCAUGCUUGGUCAUUUUGAUGGACUUUUAUUCUUGAUCAUUUUUUUACUAAUACAUCCUUUAGAUAAGAAAAGACACAUCUUGCCUCUGGUGAAGCUGAGCUACUUUUUACCAUCAGGCAGCUGUCUAGUCAGUGGGGAACAGCACCCAACAGGACUGGAGGAGUUCUGCCAGAAGCCUUAAAUGUCUGCUGAGUUUGGAAAACCGUAACAUUGUUUUGAUCCACAAAAUUUAUAGGGGACUGGAGAAAUGUGGAUGAGCUUGGAGUAAGUAGAGCAGGAGAGGUGUUUCUCUCUUCUCACCCUCAUCCAGGAGACCUAACUCUUACUCUUAUUUUUUAACAAACACCAAAGUAGCAUUAUUUCAUUUAGUUGUAAUGUUGGGAACUUACCUCGGAUUCUAACAGCUGGCUCUGCAGUUGGUAACAUGGCCCUGCAGGGGCGAGCGUCGCUCUGUUGGGAGGGAGGCCCUGCUUGGAUGUGUGGAACAGAUGGUUUCUGACACCAAAGACCAGCAGUUACGGUCUAAUUUUCUUUUCUAUGUCUAUCUUCAUACAACCCGUGUAAAAGAGCCACCUCCAGUAUUUGUUAAGCCCAUUUCUGCCAUCUUUUCUCAGGAAACUCCAUAGAGAUGGCUCCUAAAAUGUCUUCAGAGGAGCAAGGAGUUAAAUGUCAUAUUCGUGCUCAGGUAACUGAAAAGAAUACAAUUCCCAACAUGGCUUCUUCCUAUGUCCUAAGUGGUGCUUUUUAGGAGAAAUUUUUUAUGUCCUAAGUGGUGCUUUUUAGGAGAAUUUUUUUUCCAGUAUAGGAAACCGCUGAGCAGCGUCCAGGAGGUAUUUUAGCAGCAGGGGGAUUUCCAGUUAACUUUCAAGUAUGCAAAAAUUCCUUGUGUGUGUUAUUUUUAAAUAUUUUUGGCACCAAAUAAUUCCUUGUUAAUGGAUUUGGGUCACUUUUUCAAGUCGCUUUUAAAAAUCCCUAAUAUUAGUAUUUUCUCCUCUCCUUAAAGGGGAAGCAGCAAAAACUGAGUAUAAAUUAAAACUCCGUUAAACCAAGACUAGCACAAAGCAGCAGGGAUGCUCCGUGCUUUAAAAUGUAAAUGAACUCAAGGACGCGCAUCCUGUUAUCUCUGCCCUGAGCCACGAGUCAAAUGGCGUGCCCAGCUCGUCCUACUUAGUAACAAUUCAACCAAAUGAUCUUUUUUUCAAAAAGGGACUUUUCAGCAGGGAGGAGGAGGGCAGGAAGCUGGGGGGAGAAGGAGCACGCAGCCGUGCCCUCUGUUCCUCCCCUCAGCACGUCCCACACGCGUCAGUCUAUGGCUUAUCUAAUGGUUCCAGGCUGGAAGCUCAUUCUCAGCUAAGUUUAUGGCUCAGAAAUUUCCCCUAACCUCUGCCUCUGACUUAGAAUGAGAAAUUCUGUAACUACAGUCUUAGCACUUAAGGGAAACAGGCAAUGCCAAAUGUGCGGGUGCUGACCCAGUCAGCCCUCUGGCCUCGACAGGGCUCAUCACGCCUCAUGUCACCCUUUCUGAAUGACAGGAUUUUCCAGUAGUUUUGUUGUUUGCCUGCCUAAACAAUAAGUGUAGCGAAUCGUGAAGCCAGACAUAAGCAUUGCAAGCUCUCAUGUAAUUAAGAAAUACUUCAGUUCUCUGUAUUUUCCCCAGAUUCAGUUUAUCGAUUCAACUUUUUGGUUCUGUAGACUCAUGUAACUCAUUGAACACCGUACAUCCUUGCGUGAGUGGAUGACAAAUGAAUUAGGUUUGUGUAUAAACAAUAAAGUUGAAAGAUUUAUCUUAAUAGGAGAGGCCAAUUUGGUCUUUCAUCAAAAAUAUAAGUUUUGUCAUGUUUUUGAGUUUAAUCCUUUUUUUCUUUUUCAUGCAUUUAACAAAUAACUACUCCGGACAAAAGCCGAUGGACCAAGUUUCAGGACUGAUUGUAGAGCCUAUUAAAACAGUAAUGGUGGCCAAGAAGAGAUCUAUUUCUCUAGAGCUGAGACACGGGAGAUCAGUUCUGCAGUGUUCUAGUAAGGCAGAGCAUAAAACAGGAAGAAAGGUAAGAGCAGGAAGGGCAAGACACACAGAGGGCAGAGAGCUGGGGUAGGCCUGGCUCUGUCACUGAUUCUUUACAACUAAAUCCAUUUCUGUACAAGAAGUGCUGCUAAAAUUUUUUUCCUAUCCUAAAGUUAACUUAAAAAUAGCAACAAAAGGCCCUUAAGAUGUUUGAAUAUAGUUUAUUGGCUAGUUUGAAUAGCAUUUUUAAUAGCAAAAAUGUGUUCGUAGCUUACAGCCAUCCUUUUCAAUACAAAGUAAACAGAUAUGUCUUAGCACUUUAAAUUCCUUACCUCUGUGACAUCAAAUCACCUGACACUGGCCUGGCGGACUCUCGCAGAGAUACACACGAGCAGAUGAGUGCAACUUCCUUAACCACCUUGGGUGGGAUUUGUUUUAUCAUAAAACAGUAACAUGAUUUUUUAAAAAUUAAUCAAAAUGAAUCUCUUCUUGCUUCUGUUCUCUAAAAAUACCUGUUCUCUUGAGUGUAUUUAUAACUUUAUUACAAAUUAUACAAAUCACUAGGUUUUCACUUCCACACCUUAACAAUCCCAUCUCUAGAAGCGGUGACGAUGAAGCCCUGUGUUGUCUGGAACGUGGCGACAUCAGUGAUGAUGUCAUGGUGACCCACAGGCAAAGACUCUGGGCCCCUCCGAGGCGUAUCAUCACUCGGUCCUACCUUCUGCUUAUUCUGAAUUUCCUGUUUUGUGGUUAAAAAUGAAGGAGAAAGUAGUAGUUAAAAGGCUGUACCACAUAUUCUGCCUCGUCUCAGUCUGGCUUCUGGGAGAGGCUGUUGAAACUAACGCCUCUCGUGAAAUGAGUAAGGAGAGUCCAAAAUGAUAUUCUAGGUUUCCAAGUCACUGGAUUCCAUGAUUAGCCACUUAAUACAUACAGAUUAUUGGCCUGUGUAUCAUUUUAUCUUUUGUCAACAUCAAGAUAAAAAGCAGGUGUCCUAGCAUUUCUACAGCUGUCUUGAAGGACGCAUGCUAUCAUCUACCAAGCACUUACUGGCUCAGGGACUUCCAGGUAUGAAUCUUUUUUGCUGCUUAUACUAGCUGCGUGAUCUGACAAAUUACUGAGCUUCCUCAUUUGUAGAAAAAAAAUAAGUUACACACUUACUUUGUCCUAAGACCAUAUAAGAAGGUGCUUACUUCGAGCUCUACACUCACAUGUGCACCUUUUAUGUGCAUCAUACCUUAAUACAACUUCAUUUUUUAAAGUACAGAAAAGUAAAAAUAUACUUCUUAAACUCAUAGUUCCACUCCUAGCCAAAGUGAUUUUAAUCAACUCAAAAAGACUGCUUGUACCUGGACGACUUCAGUGCCUUCAAUUAUCUUCCUGUAGUAGGACACAGAUGGAGAAGUAGUACUUCCUGCAACAACAUAGGACCUCUCUGGGUAAGCCAAGUCCCAAAACCUGGGGGAGAGGAAAUGAGGUGAUAAUCUCAGCAGGAGAAGGGAAAAAUAAUCACUGGUUUACAUUCAUCCAAGCAUCAGCAUAUUCUUUAGCAUUAGGAAAACAGAAUUUUCUCGAAAUUAACACCACGUAGUGUUAACCAUAGUGUCCACAUUAUAUUACCAGUUACUGUACCUUAUUUUCAUGUCUGAACCAGCUGUUAGCAGGAUGGGAUUUCCAUCUGCAGGACUACAGUAGAUCCCAUGGACACUGUGAGGAGACGGCUUAAAAGAAAUAGACAUUAGUCAGAUGACACAUCAGAGUUCUGUAAAUGAUGCCCAUGAGGAGACGAAUACGUGCAUCUUGGAUAUGUCUGUCUUUGGAACUUUGUGUUCUGCUUCCUAAAAUGUUCUAUUUGGGAUGAUAAGGACCCUGACUAAAACAAUUCUCUUUAAUUGCCCAGUGUCCUUCAUGGGUGAAAAACAAGUGUGUAAGCGAGUUGUGUUCCACACUUCACACUGGGCUUUUCCCAACUAACCCAGAUUUUACCAGGGUUCCCAAGGGACACCACACACCUUAGAGACACUGGGACACCUAAGGGAUUGCAGAGCACCCACAGCCCCCUAGUUUGUUUGACAGAAUGUCGAAGUGCUCAGGAUGUAGGAAAUGACAUGGAUCUUUAGAAUAAAGAUAAAGGUCAAACCUGUAUCUCAGAAAGUGGAGGUGCGCUGCUCGCCCAGAGGGUGAAUCUCCUGUCACCGGUCUCCAUGUCCCACAUGGACACCUCGUUGUUGCCCUGCACAGCUGUGGGAGACAAAGGCCAGGAUCAUUACUCACCCAAGAACAAGCUCAGAGCUUGGCAGUUCAUCCUUUCUCCCCGUCCUGCAAGAAGUUUCUGUGGCCUUGUCAGCAGACUGUGUGUGACCCACAGCAGGUGGCUAACAGCCCACCAGUGAGCACUCACUGGUGUUCAAACAAGGAGAACUCUGAGGAGGAAAGGUGGAUCAUAAACUGAUUCUGCCUUCAAAAUCUCUCCAGUCUAACAAAAAAA